AUGCCUUAUGACGAACCGGUCCUAAUCCCAACACUUACUGGCAGUCUUCUCUCUUGUGUAGCAACCGCUUGUGUCCUCAUAUCCUACAUUGUAUACGCAAAGCAACAACAAUCCUUCCGCCACGCACUUGUUCUAAACCUUUCUCUAGCAGGUAGGGGCCCAGUCAAACACGUCGAGUUCGAGCUAACCGCCACUCUAGAAUUCAUCAACUCGCUGAACAACUCCAUCUCCGGCCUCUAUGUUUUGACCCAUGGCAAGACCUCACCAGGCCUGGCCUGUACCGUUAACGGCUGGGUGGGGCAGUGGUCCGUACAGGCCGCUGACUUCUCUAUCCUCGCCAUUGCCAUCAUUACGCUUCUGACCAUCACACGGACGACAUACAUGCCUAACACAUGUCUUGUCAAGAAGAUUCUCAUUUGCGCCUCUGUAUGGUUCAUUCCCACAACCACAGCAUCCAUAGCAGCAGGCCUAGACCAAUUGAAACCUGUUAGCGGCAAUUGGUGCUGGAUAUCAGGCGCAGAGCCCGAAUUACGCUAUGCACUGGGCCACGCAUGGCGCUUCUCCAUCAUGCUCGCCACCAUUGGCAUUUACAUCUACAUCUGGGUAUACAUGGGCAAGCACUACAAGACGCUGCACCUAGUCUCAGCCGGAGAGACGUACACCCACCACAGUACCGUUCACCACCGCCAGGCCAGCCAAGAUGAUGCUGUCGAACAAAGAAGCGAAUCUCAGAUGGAGUUGCGACAAAUCCAUGUUGAACACCAGGUCGAUGUCGACUGUACAGAAGGAGGACCUGCUCAAUCACCAGCGACGGAUAUCGAAUCAGGUGGCUGUCAGAAAUGUUGCACGACAGUGUCCGUGACAUCGGAGACUGACCCAUACUCCAAGGACACACUAGAAAAUAAAUUAAACGUUCUAUCUUCGGGAAAACACGAUACCCCCCCCAACGACGCUCGUACAACACAAGCCAGUAAUCCCAGCCGCGUCUCAAGCCAAUCCCGCAACGUUGAGCGCGAAAUCAAGCGAAUGCUCCUCUUGAACGCAUACCCCAUACUCUACAUUAUCCUCUGGAUGCCGGGUAUGCUUAACCGCUUGGUCGAAGCAUCCGGCCACAAGAGUAGGGCGUUGACUGUUAUGCAAUGCUCAACCCAGUAUAUCGGCCUUGCUAAUGCCAUUACGUAUGGCUUGAAUAAGCAGGUGCGGAAACAAGCCCCAUCUUCGCACACCCCAGACUUGGUACCUGAGCCGCCCUUACCUCUACCCGCACCCUUUGGUACCUGA